GUACGGAAAUCAAACUAACAUGUUAUUUACCGUACUCGGAGUUCUUGCUCUCUUCCUGGGAGAUAUAAACACCAACACCACCGACCCAGGUCAAGAUGAAAGAUUGGACCAUCAAGAAGAAGGAUUGGUCGCGGUGCCCCCAGUGACCAACGGUGAUGGUCGAGAAAUCGGUGACGGGUGUAAAGAAUCAUCUUUACAUCUGGAGGAACAGAUCAAUGUUCAGGCUGAGGAACCGUCAUUGGAGGAACCUGUCGAUGGUCAGAGUGAAGGACAAUCACUGGUGGAGCCUGUCAGAGUUCACGGUGAAGGACAAUCACUGGUGGAGCCUGUCAGUGUUCACGGUGAAGGACAAACACUGGUGGAGCCUGACAGUGUUCACGGUGAAGAACAAUCACUGGUAGAGCCUGACAGUGUUCACGGUGAAGAACAAUCACUGGUGGAGCCUGUCAGUGUUCACGGUGAAGGACAAACACUGGUAGAGCCUGCCGAUGCUCACAGUGAGGACUCAGCCAGCUCCUUAAUCAUUGAUAAUGUUCUUCCAAACGUUUUCUACGCUGAGUCCAGCAGUAGUGAUGACUCCUCUUCAGAUUUUCUGCCAGCUGAGUCCGGCUGUAGUCAUGAUGACCCUUCAAAUGUGGUCUCUGCUGAGCCUGGCUUUCGAGAUGAUUCUGUUCCACUUCAGCCAGAAGAGCUGAAGGAAAUCAUUGAGAUCAACUCGCAGCGCUAUGAAAUUGGCGCUGAGCUGGGCAAAGGAGGCUUUGGAACGGUUUUCGCAGGGACCCGUUUACAAGAUGGCCUUCAGGUUGCAGUAAAAAUUGCUGAUUUCAAAGUGAAGCCAGUCAUCCAUGUUGAUGAUUUUGAUGAGCCACUUCCAUCGGAGAUCGCUCUGCACUUUCUUGCCAAUAAAGGCCCCAAAGUGAAUGAACUCGUUCAGCUCCUGGACUGGAAGGUGGAGGCUGAUCGCUACAUUAUGGUCCUAGAGCGGCCCAUACCCUGUGUGAGCGUGGGGGAUUUUUUAAGAGGCUACAAAGGCAGAAUCCCAGAGCACGUGUUGCAGAAAAUCAUGUACCACACAACAGUUGCGGCUGACACAUGCAACACGCGUGGAGUGCUCCACCGCGAUAUCAAGCCUGACAACUUGCUGAUGAACCCGAAGACCUUUGAAGUUAAACUGAUUGACUUCGGGUGCGGUGACCUGCUUACUGAUGACUAUUACAGUCACUACUUAGGCACAAUGCAUUACUGCCCUCCUGAGUUUAACACGGCUGGUUAUUACUUCGGGGAGCCAGCGACAGUGUGGUCACUAGGAAUUCUCCAGUAUCUCCUAAUAAUGCAGUGAUUUUAUCCGAAGUUGUCUGGAGAUUAACUUCCCCUUGCGGCCCACGUUGCAAGCACUGCGUGUCCAUGACUGGUUUAAGGUAAUGAAAGGAUUUUGAAAUCAAAUUAAUCUGUCAUGAGCUGAGUUUCCAUCCUGAUGUGAAGCACAUCUUUUCUAAGUUCACUAAAUAUU